AUGGACCGCUUCGUGUGGACCAGCGGCCUGCUGGAGAUCCACGAGACCCUGGUCAUCCAGCAGCGCGGGGUGCGCAUCUACGACGGCGAGGAGAAGAUAAAAUUUGAUGCUGGGACCCUCCUUCUCAGUACACAUCGUCUAAUUUGGAGAGAUCAGAGAAAUCAUGAAUGCUGCAUGGCUAUUCCUCUUUCUCAAAUUGUGUUCAUUGAAGAACAGGCGGCUGGAAUUGGGAAAAGUGCUAAAAUAGUGGUUCAUCUUCACCCAGCUCCUCCUAACAAAGAGCUUGGUCCAUUACAGAGCAGUAAGAACUCCUACAUUAAACUCUCCUUCAAAGAACAUGGCCAGAUUGAGUUUUACAGGCGUUUAUCAGAGGAAAUGACACAGAGAAGAUGGGAGAACAUGCCAGUUUCCCAGUCAUUCCAAACAAAUAGAGGACCACAGCCAGGAAGAAUAAGGGCUGUAGGAAUUGUGGGCAUCGAAAGGAAACUGGAAGAAAAAAGAAAAGAAACUGACAAAAACAUUUCUGAGGCCUUUGAAGACCUCAGCAAGCUAAUGGUCAAGGCUAAAGAAAUGGUGGAGUUAUCGAAGUCAAUUGCUAAUAAGAUUAAAGACAAGCAAGGAGACAUCACGGAAGAUGAGACCAUCAGGUUUAAAUCCUAUUUGCUGAGCAUGGGAAUAGCUAACCCAGUUACCAGGGAAACCUAUGGCUCAGGCACACAGUACCACAUGCAGCUGGCUAAACAGCUGGCUGGAAUACUGCAGGCCCCUUUAGAGGAACGAGGGGGUAUAAUGUCACUCACGGAGGUGUACUGUUUAGUAAACCGAGCUCGAGGAAUGGAAUUGCUCUCACCAGAAGAUUUGGUGAAUGCAUGCAAGAUGCUGGAAGCUCUGAAAUUACCUCUCAGGCUCCGAGUUUUUGACAGUGGCGUCAUGGUAAUUGAGCUUCAGUCCCACAAGGAAGAGGAAAUGGUGGCCUCAGCCUUGGAGACAGUUUCAGAAAAGGGAUCCCUAACAUCAGAAGAGUUUGCCAAGCUUGUGGGAAUGUCUGUCCUGCUGGCUAAAGAAAGGUUGCUACUUGCAGAGAAGAUGGGCCAUCUUUGCCGAGACGACUCAGUGGAAGGCUUGCGGUUUUACCCAAAUUUAUUUAUGACACAGAGCUAA